UCGGCGCGCGCGCAUCGCCGCCACCGAUACAAACGCGUCGUGCACGUGCGUGCGUAUCCGAUUACUAUCCGAUAGUUGAUAAUAUACAAUCCUAUCCGACACCCUUGGACCUUUGUAGUGAGAACUGUGAUUGUGUUGGACCUUUGAUUCUUAUUGAUACGGAAAAUUGGACGUUCACGAUGCGGCAGAGACGAGCUUACGCCGUAGCUUUUCUUCUAUUAAUACAAACGAGUGCAAUCCUAACCGACCAGACAUCGAACGACAACAGCGGAGGAGGUAGCAAUCCGGACACCAACAAUGCUGUGGAGCCAUCUACAGACCAACUGGCGAUGGAGUCUGGGGAGCGAGACACACCGAGCCACGCGUACAACGGUCCGCCGCCGCCCGUGCCGCCACAGCACAACAGGAGACAGAACCCACCGCAUCUGCAGCCGCAUCAUGCAUUAGGGAUGCCGAGAAUUCCAAAUCACCACCAAAUUCACUCCAAGCCCUUUGCUCUGGGACCGCCAGUCAAUCAUCUGAAAAACGAUAUAGGGUCCGGGUUCCGUGGCCCGCCUCCGCAACAAACGCCACCUGCUGACUCACAGACUGCCGCCAGUGACAAAGUAUUCAGUGGAGCUGGCGAUGUUUGGCCAGCUCCUGCACCUGAUAUGCCGAAAAUAGUCUCACUCGAUGUAAAAUGUGAAAAGAAUGCCAUGCGAGUGUUUCUCAGUUUCGAUAAACCUUUCUUUGGCAUCGUUUUCUCAAAGGGACAUUACUCGAACCACCAAUGCGUACAUCUGCCACCUAAUUUGGGACGGGCUUCUGCUUCUUUCGAAAUCGGCGCUCACGCUUGUGGAACCGCUGGGAGCGGAGACCCCAGGUACAGAGGAGAUGUUGCUGCGGCCGGUACUUACUUCGAAAAUGUUAUUGUUAUUCAGUACGAUCCGCAAGUCCAAGAAGUUUGGGAUCAGGCAAGAAAACUGCGUUGUACUUGGCACGAUCAGUAUGAGAAAGCUGUUACAUUCAGGCCGUUCCCUGUUGACAUGCUUGACGUAGUGCGAGCAGACUUUGCUGGUGAUAAUGUCGGUUGCUGGAUGCAAAUUCAAGUUGGAAAAGGACCUUGGGCUUCGGAGGUAUCAGGACUAGUGAAAAUCGGACAAACGAUGACGAUGGUUCUUGCUAUUAAAGAUGAUGACGCUAAAUUCGACAUGUUAGUACGUGAUUGUGUAGCUCACGAUGGUCAACGUGCGCCUAUUCAAUUAGUGGAUAGACGAGGCUGUGUCACACGUCCAAAACUUAUGUCAAGAUUCACAAAAAUAAAGAACUUCGGAGCUAGUGCCUCCGUACUUUCUUACGCUCAUUUCCAAGCAUUCAAAUUCCCUGAUUCAAUGGAAGUCCACUUCCAAUGUACUAUUCAGAUUUGCAGAUAUCGAUGCCCAGAGCAAUGUUCUGAUGGAGGUCACAAUUUAAUAGCCCAACACGUGGAAUACGGUCCUCCACAAAUCGACUCAUAUCCUGUUGGUGCUGAGAUAAGAAGAGAUGAACGUAGAGUUAGAAGGCAACGUCGUGCUACAUCUCCUGAAAAGGAAGUUGGUGUAAACAGAGUCAUACGUGUUGUGUCUGCGGGUGACUUGAAUAUGGAUUCGACUGAAGAAAACGCAGCACCUAAAAUUGUUCCAACGCCCGGUUUAGUUUGUAUGACGACUCCUGGUUUUGCAGCAACACUUGGAACUCUACUUGCUACUCUGAUUUGUUCAUGUGCAGUGUCUGCAAUUUUAUUCUUUAAAUUAAGACCUAUAACGAAUCUAAAGAAGAAAACAGCAGCGAUCACGACGUUAGCUCGACCACACCCACCUACAGGACCGCACGUAAUCUCAAAGAGUCGGUUCUAUUCGUAACGUUAUCGCUUUAAAUAAAUUUGUACAUAUUAGUGUAAAGAGACUGAAGUAUGAUGAACAUACCUAAUUUGCAUUAAAUAUCAGAGGGGUUAUACUAAAUACAUUCGCUCCAAAGCGAUUCCAUAACGAACGAAAUGACAAUCGCUUCUGAGCGAAUGCACUUUGUCUAGCCUCGGAGUGCUCCUGUGAAUGCAAACUUCGGGACUUUGUUAUUUGUAAUAUGUAGUUUUCUAUGUCUUAUUUAAUACAAGACUUAAAUAACUGCGUGAGUUAGAUGUAGAUGACUUUCAUAAUGUGACGUUUCAUAUUACACUACCUCUUGUUUUUCGAUAUCCUUAAGUUUUGCGAAAUUGAGCAUUUUAAAAAAUAUCAUAUUAUUUUCAAUUAAUGUUGUAACUGGUUUAUUAUCAUAUUCAAUAUUUUGAAUAAUAAAUUAUACUAUAGUCUAAAAUCUAAUGAAAUUAUCUACAUAUGUACAAAUUUAGAAAAAUAUGUAUUUAUCAAGCAAUAGUUUAUAAUUUAAGUACAAUCUUCCGUUACCCCUUUUCGAAGUGCAUUUGAAAUAGGGGCAACGGAAAAUCUAAUACGUGGUAUAUCAGCAUUUAGGAGAACCGCUAGAAUUAGUUAACUUGUCAUUAGUAUUAAUAUUAUUUAUUUUAGUUUAGUUAUUGUAGUCAUAUUACUACUUUAAUUUUAUCUUGUUUCACACCUGAGUACCUCCUCCUUAAGAUUUUCUUAUUAAAACAUUUUAAAAUAUUAGCUUAAUUCAUUAGUGCUGGGAACAAAAGAAUUCUUAAUUUGUUGGAUAAAAUAAUAUUGUUUGUGUGCGAAAUGUUUUUGUUAUUUUAUAAAUAUUGUGACUUUGACAAAUCUGUAAUAUUUAAUUCGUAUUAAAAGGAUUAUUUUAAUUUAA